CAACGUCACGUAGGUUAGGGUAGCUCGCGAGCUGAGCAAAGUGCAGACGCGUAAAAGCACUUGAGCAUCUCUGAUUCAUUUUGCUUCUUUACUUUUUGUUUGCCGUUUAUAUACGCCAGAGAUGCGCCUGUCCGAGUGCAGUCUUCUUGUUCUCGUUUCACUGAUGUGUUUGGCGGACUUCAUUAUAAAAUCGCAAGCCGCCUCCGCGCACAUUCAUACCCAGCACCACAGCAAGGAGAGAACGGAGGAUGGAGCUUUUAGUCCACGAGACAGCGGACACUAUUCCCACGGCGAACAUCAUCAGGAGUUUGACCAUGAGGCCAUUCUAGGAAGUGUCAAAGAGGCAGAAGAAUUUGAUAAACUACCAAUUGAAGAAUCAAAAAGACGUUUGAAGAUUCUAUUAAACAAAAUGGAUUUGAAUGGGGAUGAAUACAUCGAUAGGAAUGAGUUAAAAGCAUGGAUUUUACGAUCAUUCAAAAUGCUUUCUGAUGAAGAAUCUAAAGACCGAAUGGAGGAUGCUGAUUCAGAUGAGGAUGGUAAAGUGACUUGGGAAGAAAUUGUACAAGAUACUUAUGGUUCUGAUCCAGAAGAUUUAGCUUUAGAAGACAAACUAAUUGAAAAUGAUAAAGCUACUUUCAAUGCUGCUGAUUUAAAUAAAGAUGGCUACUUAGACGAAGAUGAAUUCAAGGCGUAUACUCAUCCAGAAGAAACGCCUAGGAUGUUGGAUGUUAUUUUAAAACAGGCAUUUGUUGAUUAUGACAAGGACAAAGAUUCUUUCAUAAGCUUCCAAGAGUUUCUAGGUGAAAGAGCAGAAGGACAAGACAAAGAAUGGCUUCUAAUUGAGAAAGAUAAAUUUGAUCAUGUUUAUGACAAAAAUAAUGAUGGUAAAUUGGAUAUAAGUGAAGUUCAUACAUGGAUUAUUCCCAGCAAUGAAGACAUCGCCACUGAUGAAGUGGAUCAUCUGUUUGCUGCAUCAGAUGAUGAUCACGACAACAGAUUGUCGUUUGAUGAAAUUUUAGAACAUCACGAUGUUUUUGUUGGUAGUGAAGCUACAGAUUAUGGUGACCACUUGCAAGAUAUCGAACGCUUCCAAGAUGAACUUUGAGAUACGAUCAUAGAACCAACCCUCUUAUCAUUUUCUGAUUAUCGCAAAGUUUUUCGUAAAAGGAGAUGUUCGAGAGCUUUUUUUAUAUUUUUCAAUGCCUGCGCUUUUUUGUUUAUUUAUUACGGUGUUUUAUUCCUAUAUGUAUGUGGUAGCUAGAGACUGGUUUGAUAAUUAUGAUUUCUUCAACGUGAAUGCAUUACAAAUAAUUGCAAUAAGGACAUAUUCUCCUGUCUUAGUCAGAAGCAGUAUUCAAUCUUGUUUGUGUGUGUAACGAAAAACCUUAGUCUUCCAAGGUUUAUUAACUUUUAUGUGCCAUACUUUUCUUUUGUAUCGUAUUUUGAAGAUUUUAUAUAUAUUUAAUUACAAUCAAAUUAUUUCUUAGCAUUUCAUAUAAAUUUAUCGCAGCUUCGUUCAUCCUGAAAUAACAGAACAAUGUUUCAAUUACUUAAUACUGUUCAACGAAACGCACUGAAUGUUGCAUAUUUCAAUGUAAAAAUUUAAUAGUAUUGAAGUAGUUUUAUUUUUAGAUAAUUUUUAUUUAUUUCUAUAGACAAAUAUUUAUGGUUGUAAAGUAUAUAUAAUAUUUAUGAUACUCUUAUUCUUUCUUUAUUCCUAUAUUUCAUUUAAGAAUAUCUAGCAUGGUUAAAUUUUCAUUUCACGUAUAGUUAUCAGCCUGAUAUUUUUAAUAUAACAAAUUUAUAUGAAAUGCGCACGCUC